AUGUGUCACAUUGUCAUGAUUUCCAGCACAAUCUCUGGCUAGAUCCUUUUCAGGCUUAAGGAGUGUGCUGUGGGAGUGGUUUCAGGCACAGGCCAAGUGCAGGGGAAGCCUGACACAAAGCUUUUAAUGACACAAAGCUCUUAAUAUACAGAGUUUCUCUGUCUCUGAUUCUUGAAGGCCCUAUUGGCAGCACGUCAGUGCUGGAGUAAAGAGCUGAGUGCAGAGUGUUUGAGCAGGGGAAAAGACCAAGUGUUCUGAGGUGGCUCAGGGUCUGCCUGCAUUGCUUGUGCAUGAAGGGUCCCUUUGAAGUCUGAGCAUGCCCACAGCAGAUGGCUUGACUUGAGCUGCAGGCCUGUGGUAUACAAAGCUUCAGUCCAGGAGCAGGGCUGGGUGUGGAUGGAGAGGCUGCAUCUUCAGGAUUCCUGACCCUUGUUUUAGGCCAAGUUAGUUUGCAAGGAAGUCCUGGUCCUUUACCCCAGAGCUUUGGAAAUAAAGGAAUCAUGAGCUUAAAAACUUGCUUAGCAUCAUGGAGCACUCACUUUCCACCCCUUUAUCUUUGGGGAACUUCCUCAUUAUUUCAAGGGAAGUGAAGAGAGAUUUAUUUCCUGGCCCCUCUUAAGCUGUGGGUACUAUGUUAGGAGUCCACAUAGCUACACUCCAAUAUCCUAGCAGCCAAGAGGACAGCCUUGCAAGGAUGUGGGAUAGGCCAUUUACCGCUCUUUGCAUUGAGUCCAAGAGAGGGGCAAAUAGAAAUAAUCUCCAAGAGGUUUGGCUCUGUGGGACUUUUUCCAGCUUGUGUCAGGCCUUUUUCCCUGUCACCAGGACCUUUCUUCUAGCAGGUCUUUCCCUGGAAUCAGGGAGCUGCAGCCUGCCCCAGGCUCUGGAAUUCUUACAGAGCAACACAGUCCUCUGGACAGGAGUUCUAUCUACAUCUUGAACUGCCCCUCGUCUCUCCUGCAACCAUGCCCAGACCUCUGGCCCCAAGGGCUAUACUAGCUCCACCCCCCAGCAGUGUCACCAUCCUCUGCUUUCAGGUCAUCGUGAUGUCAGGCCAUGAGACCAUCCGAGUGCUGGAAGUUGGAGUGGAUGCCCAGCUCCCUGCUGAGGAGGAGGGCAAAGGACUGGAGGGUGUGGCCGCUGAGGGUUCCCAGAGCCGAGGCCCUGCUGAAGCCAGUGAACCUGCUGGUGUAGCUGGGACAGUCAACCCAGACCCCUCUGCAGAGGCAGCUGUGAAGUCACUCCCAGGGAUCCCUCCAAGCCCUGCCCCCGCCAUUGCCACCUUCAGCCAAGCCCCGAGCCAGCCUCAGGCAUCGCAGACCCUGACACCACUGGCUGUACAAGCUGCCCCUCAGGUCUUGACUCAGGAAAACUUAGCCACAGUUCUGACAGGAGUUAUGGUUCCAGCAGGGGCAGUUACUCAACCUCUUCUUAUCCCCAUCAGUAUUGCAGGUCAAGUGGCUGGUCAGCAGGGGCUGGCCGUGUGGACAAUUCCUACAGCAACCGUGGCUGCCCUCCCAGGACUGACCGCUGCUUCUCCUACAGGGGGAAUUUUCAAGCCACCUUUAGCUGGUCUCCAAGCUGCUGUGCUGAAUACUGCUCUCCCGGCAUCUGUACAAGCUGCCCCACCAAUACAGGCCUCCUCGCCAGCCCAGCCCCGGCCACCAGCCCAGCCCCAGACGCUGUUCCAGACCCAGCCGCUGCUACAGACCACGCCUGCCAUCCUACCGCAGCCCACUGCUGCCACCACUGCUGCCCCCACCCCCAAGCCAGUGGACACCCCCCCACAGAUCACCGUCCAGACUGCAGGCUUCGCAUUUAGCCCAGGAAUCAUCAGUGCUGCUUCCCUCGGGGGACAGACCCAGAUCCUGGGCUCCCUCACUACAACUCCAGUCAUUACCAACGCCAUUCCCAGCAUGCAGGGGAUCAGCAGUCAGAUCCUCACCAAUGCUCAGGGACAGGUUAUUGGAACACUUCCAUGGGUAGUGAACUCAGCUAGUGUGGCGGCCCCAGCACCAGCCCAAAGCCUGCAGGUCCAGGCCGUGACCCCCCAACUGUUGUUGAAUGCCCAGGGCCAGGUGAUUGCAACCCUGGCCAGCAGCCCCCUGCCUCCGCCCAUGGCUGUCCGGAAGCCAAGCACGCCUGAGUCCCCUGCUAAGAGUGAGGUGCAGCCCAUCCAGCCCACACCAGCUGUGCCCCAGCCUGCUGUGGUCAUCGCCAGCCCAGCUCCAGUGGCCAAGCCAUCUGCCUCUGCUCCCAUCCCAAUUACCUGCUCAGAGACCCCUACUGUCAGCCAGUUGGUGUCCAAGCCGCAUACUCCAAGUCUGGAUGAGGAUGGUAUCAAUUUAGAAGAGAUCCGGGAGUUUGCCAAGAACUUUAAGAUUCGGCGGCUCUCACUGGGCCUCACACAGACCCAGGUGGGUCAGGCUCUGACUGCUACGGAAGGUCCAGCCUACAGCCAGUCAGCCAUUUGCCGGUUUGAGAAGCUGGACAUCACACCCAAGAGUGCCCAGAAGCUGAAACCAGUGCUGGAGAAGUGGCUGAAUGAGGCUGAACUCCGGAACCAGGAAGGCCAACAGAACCUGAUGGAGUUCGUGGGAGGUGAGCCCUCCAAGAAACGCAAACGCCGCACCUCCUUCACCCCCCAGGCCAUAGAGGCUCUCAACACCUACUUUGAGAAGAACCCGCUGCCCACAGGCCAGGAGAUCACCGAGAUUGCUAAGGAGCUCAACUAUGAUCGUGAGGUCGUGCGGGUCUGGUUCUGCAAUCGGCGCCAGACGCUCAAGAACACCAGCAAGCUGAACGUCUUUCAGAUCCCUUAAGACUUGGCCCCCAGCCUUGUGUUCCAGCACUUUGUACUUUUCUCUGGGUGCCCAGUUGCAGCCACUGCCAUGACAGCACCUCCUGUCAUAUGGCCACAUGUAGCUGUGCUUGCCCUAGGUCAUGAGACUCCACUGUGUGCAUGUGCGUCAAUGCCUCCCUCCUCUCCCCCACGUAUCUCACACCACGUGGAGCCCGAGGGGCCACGUGAGAGUGUCAGGCUCCGGGCUGGUCAUGCCAAAGGAGGAGAUUUGUGGUGUCACUUAGAGAAGCACUUUGCUAACAUGGUUUCUGAAGGGUGAAUUCUGGCUGGGAACCAGAAACUCCCCGUCUUUGGGGCAGCUCCUAAGGCCCAUUGGCCCUUAGCUCUUGUUUUCUAUGGCGUUCUCUUUCCCUUCUCUCUUCUCCUUUCCUCCUUUGUGUUAGUGUGGCAAGUAGGACAACUCAUCCAGUGGAACCACAGCUUCACACUGCCCCCACCCCCCCAUCCCGCCCCCACACUUUGCCUGCAGGCACAUUGUCCCUCUGAAAGGACCCAGGAGAUAAAGUUCAGAAAAGUAUGAUGUGCUGCUCAGAAGGUCACACUCUAUGUCUGCUCUGAUCUCAAGAUCAGAAGGUUCCCCUAGGCCUGGGGCGAGCACAUGUGAUCUCCUCUCCCAUCUCUCCCUGGCUCCUUUGGGGGAAAAAUUGCACUAAAGCAGAACCUUUUAUUUUGCAAUUCAUGUCGGAAGGAAGAAACAGUGAACUCUCCCUGUCCUGAAGUUGUGCUGGGUCUGCAGCAGGCCGGGAAUUUAGUAAAUAAGGCCAUCCCAGAUUUUAAACUAAUCUCUGUCUAUGGCAAUGUCCCCAAUGAAAAGUAUGGAUUGAGAGAACUUGCAGCCUGGAAAAUCCCACUGCCCAAGCAAGCAGGCAACUCUGGACAAAAAUGAGGAGGAAAGGAAUGCUGUUUUUCUCUCUCGUCUGCCCCUUACUCCAGUACUGAGGCCUUCUUAAAAGAAGCAAAUUAAACAAUAAACCAGAUAGCAAGAUCCUGGGGGAAAGGACAACAUCCCAAAAGAGUUCAUGGCAGCCAAGGAAAGUCUCUUGUGGAAGUUAACUCUAAUUUUCUUUGUAACUUGAAUACUAGAGGAUAAAUCUCAUUUUGUCCAGAG